AUGAAUGUCGUGCACGAGCAGGUAGCAGCCGUUUUGACGCUCACAGGCGGACAGGAGGCAGAUAGCGCUAAAUUGCCCGAAAGAGUGAAGGACAUGGAACAAAGCUUCACCGGAGAUAGCGGCGGAACUCAUCCCACCACAGCACCUACUACGGACCACAAUCCUGACGGCGAGUGCGGGGCCCCGGCACCCGCCAGUCUCACACCAGAGGUUGCCGUUUCGCUCGUUGACACCAACGCCUUGGACACGGGAUCCGUCAAAGGUGCAGAACGUCCCAACACGUUAACUGCGGAGAAGCCAUCGAUACCCGGCAGCGAGACCAAAGUGGAGAAGUCUGGAGGUAUGCGGCCAACCUUGAGUAAAUUCUUCCGCUCACUCUCACGUGGGUUGAGCAUUGCAAAGGUGGCCCCCUCCAGCGGCACCGACAUGAAGCCUCUGGAAAGUACGACCACGGAGAGCACGACUACGAUGCGCCUGAGGGGCGCCAGCUACCACUCCGUCAUCCUGGGCUUCCUACUCGCCAGUGGUACCAGCGCCGCACUUUCCCUCGUCAAUGUGAUCGUCAAGCGGCUCGAGACGGUGAGCACACUCGAGGUGCUUACCUUCAUGGCGUUUGGCGUCUUCAUCGGUAUCCUGCCCGUGGCCACCGAGGAAGUACAGCCAUUCGGACCGAGGCGAGCCCAGCCGCUUCUAAUCGUGAGGACCGUUCUGUCGCUAGCGUCGGCAACGUUGAGGCUCCUGAGCCUGUCCUACCUGACUGUGGCCGACUCGUCCAUCAUGACCAGCCUCACUCCGCUCAUGGUCGGUCUCACGGCGACGCUUUUCCUCGCCGAGCGUUGUCACUGGACCCGCGCAGUAGCGGCGGCCCUUUCCCUAGUAGGACUCAUCCUCGUGAUGAAGCCUCCAUUUCUGACAGCCGCCACCGGUUCGAUGGCGAAGACGCAGUACAUCGGUAUCGCCUACGGGCUCAGUCACUCGGUGAUCAACGGCGUCACCACCGUGUGCAUACGGGCGACGAAAGGAGUGUCGCGGAGCGUCGUGGUCUUUCACUACGGCUGCCUCUCGAUGCUUCUGGUGUCCAUUGUGUCCAUAGCCAUGGGUCGCCUCAAGGUGUUCUACGACGGCUCGCAGAUCGGAUACCUGCUGCUCAUCUCUCAUCUCACGUUCGCGCUCCAGAUGUUCUUGAGCAAGGCGCUGCAGGUGGAGAGCGCGUCCUUUGUGACCAUCGUGAAGACGUCGUCGGACGUGAUCUUUGGAUUCAUAAUGCAGGAUGUCUUCUUGAACGUGUAUCCAGACAGGUUCAGCCUUAUCGGUGGUUCCUUCAUCCUCUGCGGCGUCUUGAUUAUCGGCCUACGGAAGAUCGCUCUAGCCGCCGAACCAGAAAGCAGCAUCAGACACAGGCUGAAGUUUCUGCUCUGA